GAGCACAGUUCCGCGCCAAAUCGGCCUGAGACAGCACAGGCUCCGAUUCGGUGCUCAUUUUAUUCUUUAGUCGUUAUUGAGCCGUUCAGCAUUCACCUGCAGAGGCACGAGCAGUUUUCGCUGCGCGGUCCCAAGACCCGUUGUUGACCCGCAUACGUGCGCAACAGUGAUGCGGUAGGCACCUUGAGAUCAGAAAACUGCGUGUGGAACAUUUCAGCGUCAUGGCUGGGCCGCUCCUGUCCGAGGACGGCGAGCUGGAGGAUGGGGAGGUCCAAACAGAGGGCGCUGCCGAAGCCGAGGAGUCCGGCGAGGCGUCAGGCUGCGAGGGUGAGGCUGAAGAGGCGGAGAAUGGCUCUGCGGCUGGCCAGGAUCCGGUUGGCGCCGCGCUCAAGCCGCACGGGUCGCUCCCGCCACCUCCACACUUGCAGCCUUCUGGCCUGUCCCUCGCGCCGUCCCGGAGCGGCCGCCUUCAAGACUCGCUCCAGGUGUCAGGUAGUGGGACGGGCACCAGCCCCGCGCCCGGCAAGGAGGCCGCCGGGGCUGGGGCCGCGGGCGGCAAGGACGACCGCGAGGUGGAGGAGCUGCAGACGCUGCUGCGGGACCUCACACGCAACAGCAGCUUCCAGGAUGUCAUGCGCUCUCUGGAGACGGUGGGUCGCGACCUGAAGCAAGCCAUCAAAAAGCUGGACAAGCUGUUCAGGAGGGUGAAGAAGCGCAAGGGCGACUCCAUCGAGGACUACCCGGACUGCUUCCAGUACAGCCGCCGUAUCCUGGAGGGCCUGCACACCGUCAACAAAUUCAGCCAAACCAGCGCCUACCUGGCAGCGCCGGCUGCAGGCGCGGACGCGGCCCGGGCGCUAUUCAAGGCGGCCAUGAACUACCGACACGACAUCUUCAACGCGGGGCUCAAGGCCGAACUGGAGGCGCUGGUGCGCAACUCCAAGGCCUUCAAGGUCGUGCUGGAGAACCGGAGAGGCGGCCCGCCCCCGGCAACAGGAGCGGGAGGCGCCAGCACGCCAGGGGCGGGCGGCGGCACGCCGGUGCCGUCUGGUUUGGGUGCCGAGGCGCCCGCUGGUGGCGCCAAGGCGUCCAGCAGCGCGCAUCAGCACUCGCAGCAGGCGGCAGGGGCAGGCACUGGAGCGGACAGCAAGCCGACGGGGUUGGGACACGGGGGUGAGGCCGCAGGAGCGGGGCCGGGCGGCGAGGAGUUGCCACCGCUUCCAUCUGGCCAGCAGGAGGCUGGCGCGCAGCCUAUGGAUAUGGAUGCUCAGGCGCCACCACCACCGCCCAGCACUUACUGGCGCAGCCCCUCUCCAAGCCCAGGGCCCGACGCGGUGCCGCCGCCGGGCCCUCCGCCGCCGGAUGGAUGGCCGCCCGCCCCCAAGCAUACGCCGGGGCCGGGCAGCGGGGGCGGGGCGGCCGGGGCUACCGCGCGGUCCAGCCUCCAGGGCCGCGCUGCGUCCUCACUUAUGGGAGCUGGCGGGGGCGGCAGCGCCUUUAAACUGAAGAUUGUGGUGGCUUCCACACCUGGCGACCUUAGGGCAGCAGCGGCGGCGGCAGCAGCCACCACCGCAGGGCACGAGGAAGCCGAUGAGCCGCCGGCGAAGCGCAUUCGCGGCGGCUCGGAAGGCGAGGCCGGCGGCUUGCGGUGGAGCGGCGCAGCGGAUGGGGCAUGGGUAAAGCGGGAGGACGGCGAGGGUGGGCCGCAUGGCACUGUGCUGGGGGCCGCGGAGGACGGGGGUGCCCUGCCUCCACCGCCCGAGUCGCCCAUGUCUGACGCCGGCGCAACUGGCGGCAGGGAUGAUGCCAUGGACACUGCGGCGGGUGUGGGGACAGAGGCGGUUCAGCUCCCGCAGCCGCCGCAGCCGCAGCCCUCGCAUUCGCAGCGGCCGAGCUCCAAGCCCAAGGACGCGCACGACGAUACGGCGGGUGGCAGCGGCUCGCACCGUGAAAGGGAGCGCAGCAGCCGCGACAAGGACAAAGACAAGGAACGGGAUAAGGAGCGGGAGCGGGAUCGCGACAAGGAGCGGGACCGAGACAGGGACAGGGACAGGGAUCGGCACCGCAGCAGCAAGGAUAAGGACAAGGACAAGGAGCGGGACAAGGAGCACGGGUCCUCGCAUCGCUCCUCACGCCACCGAGACCGCGACCGGGACGCCGCGCACGUGAAGUCAGAGGCAGCGGCCGGCGGUGACAUGGGCCCCAGCGCCUCCGCCCAGCGCCUGGCUGCCGCUGCGGCCGGUCUGCCUGAUGACCAGGCGGCGGUGGUGUCUUCCUGCCUGGGCCGCGGCCGCCUGGUGCUGGUGGUGGACCUGGACGGAGUGCUGGCGGACAGCUGCUGGGACGCACAGCUGGACGGACCCACCGCAGCGGCGCUGGUGCGGCGGGCAGCUGUGGAGGCGGCAGCGCUGCCCGAGGACCGGCGCGAGCUCUUCAGGCUGCCGCUGGAGGGCGGCGCGCUGUGGCUCAAGCUGCGGCCGGGGGCACGUGCCUUCCUGGCGCGGGCGGCUGAGCGGUAUGAGCUGUGGGCUCGCACGCGGCAGGGCCGGCCGUACGCGGACGCGGUGGUGGAGCUGCUGGACCCGCACCAGCAGCUGUUCGGCAGCCGAGUGGUGGCGGCGGGCGUGCUGGCCAAGCGGCUGCUGGCGGCGCUGGAGUGCAGGGCGCCAAUCGCCGCAGUGCUGGACACGCCGGACGCGGCCUGGAUGGGCGAGUCGCUGAGCGGCAGCCUGCUGGCUCUGCCACCCUACGCCUACUUCGCAGUACGGCCCUGCGCCCCGGGCGGCGCAGUGGCGGCGAGUGGCAUGGCGAGCCGCUGCAUGCUGGAGGUGGACAGGGACGAGGACGCCGAGCGUGGUGCCCUAGCCGUCGGCCUGCCGCUGCUGGAGGCGCUCCAUGGUCGGGUGCUGCACGCGUACGCCAGCGGGGGGGCAGGUGCCAGCGCCAACGGCGGCACGGGCAGUGGGUCUGCGGCCGCGCCGCCCUCGCCUGUCCAUGGCAGCCAGCAGCCGCCGCCGGCGGCUCAGUCUGCUGGACCGGCGCUGGAGGCGUGGGACGUUCGGCGGGUGCUGCGGGAGCUGCGGGAGCGCAUUUUGACCGGCACUCACAUCACCUUUAGUCGCGUGUACAGUGGCGGCACGGCGGCUGGGCCUCAGCACCCGUUGUGGCGGCUGGCGGAGGCGUGCGGCGCCACCGUCAGCGCAGCCUGCACCGACAGCACAACGCACGUGGUCAGCCUCAGCGGCGCCACAGCAAAGGCGUUGUGGGCACAGCAGCAUGGCCGCUUCGUGGUGUACCCCUCGUGGUUGGAGUGCUCGUGCUACACCUGGCGCAAGGCGGACGAAUCGCUGUUCUUGGUGUGCAAUUGAGCGAGCACGCAGGAUGGAGGCAACGGCCGGAAAUGGGGCUGGAGUACUAGAAAGUGCAUGGCGCUGCAUGAGGUGCAACUCAGAAGGAGGUUGCGCAAUGGUGUACGCGGUCUGUAAUUCGGCCAGCAGGACAUGUGCGCCCCCUGUCUCCCGGCACGGUCUCCCGGCGGAUUCAACAGAUCAUGGUGUCGUCAAGUCAUGUUUAGGGAAAGGAUGUGCGCAAACAAAAGCCGACAGCGUUAAUUGCUGUUAUGUUAAAUGCAUGUAUCCAGGUCGUUAUCGCGAGAGAGGUGGCCGUAUUGGUUUGGAGCCUCUUCGACUUCCUGUCAAAUCUGCUCAGGCAAGACGAGGCAGACAUACCAUGUAUUGACUGUGUGUAGUAUAUAAGAAUGCCUG